AUGUCCACAAGCGAUGAUACCUUGUUGCAGUACGUGGGACAGAUUGUCCCUCGGUCAUUCCAACACGGUUUGAUAACUGUAAGCUACGUCGUGUCUUGUGUCGGUGCGAUUUUGACGCUCGAACUGCUCAACCGGCGAACUUCCCGCAAUGGUUUAGCCAACUAUCUCCUACUUGUCAGUGCCGCAGUGUCGAUGGGAGGGAUAUCCAUUUGGUGUAUGCAUUUCACCGGCAACCGAGCAAUCGUCUUAGCACACAAUGAACCCGAACUCCGCAUCGUCUAUUCAAGUGGCUUCUCUGCGCUCUCAUUUUUCGCACCGGUCAUCGUAUUGCUUGCGACUUUCGUAGCUAUCGGUGCGAGUUAUAAGGUCUCCUGGUGGCGGCUCUGUUGUGGAGGAGUACUUGCUGGCACCAGCAUCUCUGGAAUGCAUUAUCUGGGCAACCUUUCCAUCAACAACUAUGAUUGCGUAUAUAACGCAGUGUAUGUGACGGGAGCAGCCAUUAUCGCUAUAUUUGAUAGUACCGUGGCCUUAUCUCUCUUUUUCGUUUUCCGAGCAUCUUGGAGGAACACAUGGUGGAAAAGAGCUAUAUCAGCAUUCGUGUUAGCUGGGGCUGUAUCGGGGAUGCACUGGGUCGCAGCCGUAGGUACCCAAUACCGUCUGGUACACUUGAAUGAACGCGAUAAAAUCUCUCAGAGCCAAGACCUCAGAGUGGCCGCCAGCUUAUCGAUUAUUGCUGUCUUCUUCAUAAUAGCAUCCAUCGUCUAUGAGUCAUGGCUCACGAAACGCAGGGAGAAUAAAGCUCAGCAAAUCGUCUUGGGGGUUGCGGUGUUCGAUAAGUCAGGGAGGAUUUUGGUGAGCCCGGACGGUUUGCUACCUAGUGAGAAGAUUACAGACACCUACGUGGAAAGGACCCAAGGCGACAUCUUCAGUAUUUCACACCCCCUUUUCCAUUGGAUGUUCCAGGUUUCUCGGAGCUGGAACAGUGUGAACGGUAUGAUUGAUGGCAUGAUUAAUCACUUGGCGCAUCUGCCGAAGGGUAGCCGAGAUGGCAAGAUUCGCCUCAUUGCCGAUGACGGGCAACCCAUCGAAAAUUAUGAUGCCAUCUUCCGAGAAUUAUUCUGCGUUGCGGCCGCGAGUUUGGCAGAUAAGUUGAAAGAGCAGCUAGCCGACGUUGGUAUUUUAUGGGACGACAUCCUAGCUACCGGAACAAAUCAACUGCCUCAAAAGCUUGACCAAGGCAUCGUCGACUGUACGCUAGAAGAAGGGACUUACGGCCAGUUUAGGGGACGUCUCGAGAAUGGGAUCAUGCGACAGCAUGAAUAUGGACGUGGCUCGCUCAUGUUUCUCGUUCGCCACCUCGAGCACGCCCACGACGUAAAUCGGCUUGAAGCAGCCGGCUUUCGAUUUGCAGAGAUCCACCAAGUGUGUGGAAUCAUUGGGUCUCGCAUGCAGAUUAAAACUAGGGACUUGAAGGGCAAACUGACGAAUAUGGCGACUUUUGCUGAAGGGAGCGCUGUGAUGAGACCGGGCGUACACUUAGGCUUCUUCGGCGUUAAAGCGCAGGUCGGGAGUUUCGGAUUCGAUAUUGUAGUCAAGAAGGGCACUCGAAACUUGCUCCCGACUAUGCCGAUACCGAUUGAACGUCUCGAGUCAUGGCAGAUGGAAAUUAUUCGACACUUUGAUAGAAUGAACGUUGGUGCUAUUUUCCACCUCCUGGACGAACUGAAGAAGCUUUCUCCUCGAGAAGUGCUCUUUGCCUCGCAGAUGUAUGACGCUCUCCAAGCUCUUCGGGCUUGGAUAGAUGAUCCCAUCGUCGACGAUGCUGUGAUGACGUCCAAGGUGGUCCAGGUACCUUGUCGGGCACAAGGAGGAUCAAGCUCGGCUAAAUUUUGUACAAUGAUUGCGCUUUGCAUAAUGAUGCCGAUUCACGUCAGCGCCAGCAGUCCGAGGUGCGAAUUCAUCCCGUUAAAUUUCUUCAAAGUUCACCAGAUGGCGUAUAAGGAUUCGUCUCAGCUCGCUGCGUUUGCCCGAUACGUGCACCGGGAACUAUCUCCAAUCGCGAAUUCGGCGCCGGUUAAACCACCUGGAGGAACUUACCAACAAGCCGGACGAGCUAUCUUCUCGCACGAUCGCUUGGGUUUUCUGCGCCAUCUCGGAAGGUCGAAGACCAACAACUAUGAUGUUAUGGGAAAUAAUUACCCGAACCAGAUCCAGUCAAGUCGAGGGUCUUCUAGCCACGAUUCAGAUCACGCCAGCUCUACAAUAAAGCUCUGUAACCAGGACUCUCAAUACCGAGAAAGGUUAGGCAGUGAUGCAAUGUCUGACAGGACGGGCUCAUACCAGCCCACGUCCUUGGCUGGAUUGGGUGGCAUCAUGGUGUCUCAAGAAAUCCAGGUAGACAUAAGCCAAAUCGACGAUCCAGGUAGAAAGCUGUCUGUUCCAUCGAAAGCCGUUACAAGCACAGACCGAGUGACGAUGGUGAUGCGGGUCUUCGUUCGGAGUAUCAUUGGCUGCAUGAUGAGAGAUGCGCACGUGGAGAGGAAAAGCCUAACCAGAACUCCCUUCUCUUCUACAAUGUCCAGUAGACUUGCAAGAGGAUUGCGGCGAAUUGCCCUUCCAACCACAAUUGCCGCGGUCGGUGGUGGUGCCCUUCUUUAUACAUACCGACCCCGAAAUAUCCCCGGCUUCGAAGGCCCUGCCGUUCCUCCUCCCAUCUACGGCGCAGAUGGCACAUUUAAGCUCCCUCGAUUUCCCAAGGUGAAAUCGCGCGAGGAGCAGAUUGCCGAGUUAAGGAAGAGUAAUGGGGAAGAAGAAGAAUAUGAUAUGCUUGUAAUUGGCGGUGGAGCUACUGGUGCCGGUGUUGCGUUAGACGCUGUUACUCGAGGUCUUAAAGUAGCAGUUGUCGAGCGAGACGACUUCAGCAGCGGCACCAGCAGCAAAAGUACCAAGCUCGUGCAUGGUGGUGUGAGGUAUCUGGAAAAAGCCGUAUGGAAUUUGGAUUAUAGUCAGUACCAGUUGGUCAAGGAAGCCCUCAAGGAACGAAAAUAUUUCUUGCAGACUGCUCCCCACCUGAGCUCGUGGCUACCAAUUAUGCUACCGCUGGACAAAUGGUGGAAGGCGCCAUAUUACUGGGCCGGUACUAAGUUCUACGAUUUCCUCGCUGGCAGUGAAGGCAUUGAGAGUUCCUACUUCUUGACCAGGAGCAAGGCGCUCGAUGCAUUUCCCAUGCUAAAGCAAACGGACCUCGUCGGUGCUCUGGUAUACUAUGAUGGUGCUCACAAUGAUUCGAGGAUGAACGUCUCGAUUGCGAUGACUGCGGCGAUAUACGGAGCUACCGUUUUAAACCAUGCUGAGGUAACUGGAUUGAUCAAGAAUGAUAAGGGCAGACUUUCUGGUGCUCAGGUGAAGGACUUGAUUCCGGAGCGCAAUGGUAAGAAAUCUGAACCGAUUACUGUCAAGGCUAAGUGUAUCGUGAACUGUACCGGGCCAUUCACCGACUCGAUACGGAAACUCGAUGACCAAGACUGCAAAGAGAUUGUCGCACCGGCUUCCGGUGUCCACGUCAUCUUGCCAGGUUACUACAGCCCUUCGAACAUGGGGUUAAUUGACCCAUCGACGUCGGAUGGUCGAGUUAUCUUUUUCCUACCGUGGCAAGGAAACACGAUUGCGGGUACAACUGAUGAGCCUACACAAAUCUCUCCAAAUCCGCUGCCCGACGAGAAAUCUAUUCAGUGGAUUUUGAACGAAGUUAGCCAUUAUCUAUCUCCGGAUAUCAGUGUACGCCGCGGCGAUGUGCUUGCAGCUUGGGCUGGAAUUCGCCCCCUUGUCAAAGAUCCUAAGGCCAAGAAUACACAGUCCCUCGUUCGGAACCAUCUCGUCGAUAUUUCUGACUCCGGUCUCGUCACAUGUGCGGGUGGAAAAUGGACGACGUACAGACAGAUGGCAGAGGACUGUGUGGAUGCGGCGGUUAAAGAAUUCAAUCUCCCCACCAAGCCUUUCGUUAACGCGCCACGAGUUAGCGGAACGGCGUUUGUGGAUGAUGGUGCAAUUCUAAAUGGAACUUGCCAAACCCAUAAUGUUCGGUUGGUUGGUGCUCAUGGCUUUAGCAAAACCUUGUUCAUCAACCUGAUCCAACAUUUCGGUGUCGAAACAGAGGUUGCCAAGCAUCUCACUGAGAGCUAUGGCGACCGAGCAUGGACGGUUGCGGCUAUGUGCAAACCCACGGACCUACGAUUCCCCGCGAGGGGAGAGCGCAUCUCCCGUCUCUACCCCUUCGUAGAUGGCGAGAUCAGAUACGCCAUUACCAACGAAUACGCCCAGACCGCCGUUGACAUCCUGGCACGGAGAACUAGAUUGGCCUUCCUAAACGCCCAGGCCGCACUAGAGUGUCUCCCCAAGAUCAUCGAUAUCAUGAGCCAGGAGUUGAAAUGGGACCGAACAAGACAAGAACGGGAAUGGAAAGACACUGUUGCAUUCUUGCAGUCGAUGGGCCUGCCAGAGCCGAUGCUGUCCGCGACGAGGGCACAGGUCGAGAAGGGUAAGCUCGACUUCAGCUCAUCGCUCGAGUACAAGAUGUACUCGAGGCACGAUAAGCCCCCCGUUGCAGAGGAGUAG